AUGACUUCCCUCAAGCAAUUCAUCCGCAACGUGCGAGCCUCCAAGACCAUCGCAGACGAGCGUGCCGUCGUCCAAAAAGAAAGUGCCGCAAUCCGAGCCAGCUUUCGAGAGGAGAGCGGAGACUCCAACAUCAGGAGGAAUAAUGUCGCCAAGUUGUUAUACCUGUUCACGCUGGGGGAGCGCACACAUUUCGGCCAGAUAGAGUGCCUGAAACUCUUGGCCUCUCCCAGGUUUGCAGACAAAAGACUGGGAUAUCUGGGGACGAUGCUGCUCUUAGACGAGAAUCAAGAAGUCCUCACCUUGGUUACGAACUCGUUGAAAAACGACCUCAAUCACUCGAACCAAUAUGUCGUUGGGCUGGCUCUCUGCACCUUGGGCAACAUUGCCUCGAUCGAAAUGUCGAGGGACUUGUUUCCCGAAAUCGAGACGCUGAUAUCUACCGCUAACCCCUACAUACGUCGAAAGGCCGCGCUGUGCGCCAUGCGAAUAUGCCGGAAAGUCCCAGACCUGCAAGAACAUUUCCUCGAAAAGGCCAAGGUGCUGUUACAGGAUAGAAACCAUGGAGUUCUCCUAUGUGGAUUGACCCUGAUAACCAGCAUGUGCGAGGCGGAUGAGGCAGAGGGUGGUGAAGAAGGCAUAGUCGAAAUGUUCCGGCCAGUAGUUCCACACUUGGUCCGCACCUUGAAGAGUCUGACGAGCUCGGGAUACACGCCUGAACAUGACGUUUCCGGGAUCACAGACCCGUUCCUACAGGUCAAGAUCCUGCGUCUUUUCCGAGUGCUGGGGCGGGGGGACCCGGCGACCAGCGAGCAGAUCAACGAUAUUCUGGCACAAGUCGCCACCAACACCGAGUCCUCCAAGAAUGUUGGGAAUGCCAUACUGUAUGAGGCGGUCCUCACUAUCUUAGACAUUGAAGCCGAUUCAGGUCUGAGGGUGCUGGGCGUCAACAUCCUAGGCAAAUUCUUGGCCAACAAGGACAACAACAUUCGAUAUGUCGCCCUCAACACGUUGAUUAAGGUGGUUGCCAUUGAGCCCAACGCUGUUCAACGGCAUCGAAAUACGAUACUGGAAUGCCUGAGAGAUCCGGACAUCUCCAUCCGACGACGGGCGUUGGAUCUCAGUUUCACCUUGAUUCGGGAAGAUAAUGUGCGGGUGCUCAUACGAGAAUUGCUGGCUUUUCUGGAAGUCGCCGAUACCGAGUUCAAACCCGUGAUGACGACGCAGAUUGGCAUUGCGGCAGAUCGAUUCGCCCCUAACAAACGUUGGCAUAUCGAUACGAUGCUGCGGGUUGUCAAGCUGGCCGGAAACUACGUCAAGGAACAGAUCCUGUCGUCUUUCAUUCGCCUCAUCGCCACCUCGCCCGAUCAGCAAACUUAUGCAGUUCAGAAGUUGUACGCGGCUCUGAAAUCCGACAUCACACAAGAGGCUCUGACUCUGGCUGCUGUUUGGGUCAUUGGCGAAUACGGCGACGCGCUCCUUCGUGGUGGAUCAUAUGAAGAGGAAGAGCUAGUCAAGGAAAUCAAGGAAGCCGACAUUGUCGACCUGUACACGACAAUACUCAACUCGACAUAUGCGAAUCAAGUGGUGACCGAAUACAUCAUCACUUCUGCCAUGAAGCUGACGACGAGGAUGUCUGAUCAGUCACAAAUUGAACGGAUACGGCGCCUCAUGAAUUCCAGAACAGCCGAUCUGAGCAUAGAGAUCCAGCAGAGGGCCGUUGAAUAUAGCAACAUGUUCGGCUACGACUCGAUCCGAAGAGGUGUGCUGGAGAAAAUGCCGCCACCAGAAAUCAAAGAGGAGCAGCGGGUUCUCGGCCAGUCCACCACGCCUGCGAAGGACAAGAGAAAGACUCUGAAAGCGAAAACAAAUGUCAAAGUGGCCAAGACGACAGAAUCCGACAUGCUUCUUGAUCUCAUGGGCGGAUCGGACGUGCCUGCUGUGGACACCAGCGCCACACUGAACGGCCAACAACAGACAGCAGAUCUGUUAGCAGAUAUCCUCGGAGGCGGCAGCUCGGUUUCAAGUCCCCCACCACAAACAAAAAGCCCUGCACCAUCCGCCAACGCGAAUGCCAUCAUGGACCUGUUCGGCAAUGGAACCCCCAAACCCGCCAGCCCUGCGCCGGGAGGACCAGCAUUACACCCUGCCUACAACAAGAACGGUCUGUCCGUUGCGAUUCAAGUAUCCAGAAGUGGUUCCGCAUUACAAGCCAUUGCAAGGUUCAAAAAUACUUCCGCUUUCGAACAAAUGUCGAAUGUCGGCUUGCAGGCUGCAGUUCCGAAGAGUCAAAAGUUGACCUUGCAAGCGAUCAAUAAAAGUACACUGGGACCCGGUGACGAGGCUACUCAGGGCAUGAAGGUUGUUGCGGCAACAGGGGCCCUUCCCCCAAAACUCCGUCUACGUUUGAAAAUCUCGUACACCAAGGAUGGGGGCGGCGCACCAGUGACGGAACAGGUCGACUGGACGGAGCCGUGA